AUGGCUUAUCGAGCACUCGCUUAUCGAUCCCGUUUCGCGCGUUCCCUGGGUCUCAAUAUCCGCGCAGUGGGGCGCGUAACCCCGCCUCCUUCACCAUUGUCUUUACAGCCCAGUGGACGGAACACCCCACUUGCCGCCGUCUCACUAUUCUCUACCACCGCCCCGCAUGGCCGGGGAGGGAUGAACAUGGACGAGGCGGGAGAGAUGUAUGCUUUUGACCCUGCGGAUGAAGCUCAAUUCUCCCAAUCUGGGGAGGAUGAAGCUCAAUUCUCCCAAUCCGGGGGGGAUGAAGGGGCUGAACCCCCGGAGCUCACCCCCGAUGAUAAGAGGACUGAGCGCAAGUGGAGUUGGAAGGAGGCUAGUUCGAGUAAUUCCGGGGGCAUCGACCCCAAUGAUACUACCGUAUACCCAACCACUUCAGAGCUUGCCCAUAGAAUUCUGAGAAAGACUUGGGGAUUUGAUGAAUUCCGUCCAAGACAGGAGGAGGUUAUAUCCAGGUUGAUCCAUGGGGGAAGUGCAGUCAUCGUCUUCCCCACAGCUAGUGGUAAGAGUUUGAUUUUCCAAAUUCCUGCUUUGGCCUUCGAUGAGUAUGACGAGAGCAUGGGCCAAAAAAAGGGAGGGAUCUCGAUUGUUGUCAGCCCUUUAAUUGCUCUAAUAAAGGUUUGUCAUUUGAUAUCCCAAUGGGAAAAUCUUGAGUUUUCUAAUGUAGCGGUUUUUCAAAAGGAUCAAGUCGACGCUCUCCAAAGAAGGGGUGUUGAAGCUGCGGCCAUUGAUUCUACGCAGACACGUGAAUCUAUCCUCAAUACCAAUGACCUUUUGAGGAAGGGAAAAUUGAAAUUGCUGUGAGCUUAUACAAUGAGAUCUUACUUGAUACCAGCUGACUAGCUUCUGACCUCUAGCUAUUGCGCGCCUGAACGUCUCAACAACGAGGGAUUCGUUGAAACGAUUAGAAAGACUCGUGUUCGCUUAAUAGCUGUCGACGAAGCCCAUUGCAUUUCUGAGUGGGGACAGGCAUUCAGGCCUGAUUAUCUCAAGAGUUAGUCUUCAUUCCUACCAUAAGACUUUAUUACUAAUACUGUUGUUGCGCCAUAGUCGCUCGGUUUGUCAAAGAAAUGAAUGCAGAGAGGGUUUUGUGUCUCACUGCUACUGUAAGCUGCCAUCUAUUCUAUGGGAGCCCUAUUUUUCUAUACAACCACCACUUUCCCUCGGCUGGAAUGUUGACGCAGUAAACUAACAAUUCGUCUUAAGGCCACGCCAAAAGUUUGCGAGGAUAUCCUUAGAGGCUUCGGUGUCCCGGAUAAUGGGCUGUUCAAGACACCCACCUAUAGAGAGAAGUGAGUGCCUAUUGUGUGAGAGCUGGUUGUGUUAUUUUCUUUCGUGGCCUAUAGAUAAUAGGUUUGCUGAUGAUCCCGCUUAGUCUUCAGCUUCUGGCAGAGCCCUUUGACACAAUUGAGGAUAAAUUGCCCAAGCUAGUCGAUUUCUUGAAUUCGAAUCCCGGGCCAUCCAUCGUCUAUGUCACCACUCAGAGGGUCAGUGUCUACUUGCGGUUUCCCACAUAUAACCUGCUUUAGUCUAAAGUCUCUUCGCCCCUUUUUGCACAAAUUGAUCCUGAUCCAUUUGUCUAGCAAGCCGAAGAAGUAGCUCAAGCCUUGGGUGCGGCUGAGGUGAAGGCAAUGCAUUAUCAUGCUGGCAUGGACAAACCCGAAAGAGCGUUCGUUCAAGACCAAUUUAUGGAUCGGAAGGAUUUAACGGUAAUGCCACGGAGCAAGCCCUAUACACACUAUUGCUGUUUUGCUAACCGCCCUCUUCGGGAUUAGAUUGUCGCCACAAUUGCUUUUGGUAUGGGCAUUGAUAAGCCCGAUAUCAGGAACAUUAUCCAUUACGACUUCCCACGUAGCUUAGAGGGCUAUAGGUAUGUAAUUAACCUAGGCAGCCCCUCUCUCUAAAUUCCUCAUCUAACGGCCACAGUCAAGAAAUUGGGCGUGCAGGUCGUGACGGCCUUCAAAGCAAGUGUAUGCUCUACCUUUGUGGGGAGGACUGGUGCCAACGUGAAUUCUUUUGCCGCAUGGAUCUACCAAGCAAAAAGAAUGUUGAUAAUCUUCUAAGGGAGCUGUUUACGUCGAAUGAGGAGGUCGAGGCCGGAGAUGUCAUAGAGACGAAUGCCGCCCAGGAAAGCAAGACUCACGAUAUCAAAGUCAGUUGUCUCUUGAAUUUGCUGCAUCUCAAUCUUAAAGGCUAAUAGUAAACUAGUUAAACACCCUUAGCCUUCUCUAUUCCCAGCUCGAACUUCGCUUCGAAAUUUUACGGGCCAUCACACCAAAGUACUCGAUAUUCAGAUUUGUGCCGUCUGAUUCUUUUGAGAGUUUUAUCGCUACCGACGAAGAUCCCAUUGCAAAAAUUAUGCUAGAGAAAGUCCAAAAGAAAAGAAGAGGAAAGAUAAGAUCCGUGGAUAUUGACCAGAUCAGCCAGGAGAAUGAAAUCAAGCGCGAAGAACUAGUCUACCGGAUCCAGAGCUGGGCGAACCAGGGUCUGAUAGAGUUGAAGACUAGCGGCGUUCUCCAGCGUUAUCGUAUGCUCAAACCAUUCCCAAGGGAUGAAACAGAUAUCCAAGAAUUGAUCGACAAAGCUUAUGAGCAGAUGGAACAUCGCGAGCUGGAGGAUCUCAGCCGUAGCAAAAAUGUGAUUAAGCUAAUGACAAGUCCCGGAUGCAUCGCGCUGGGCCUAGCAAAACAUUUUGGUGAUGAGGGCUCAGUUGGCGAGGAGGGCUGCGGGAAAUGCCAGUUCUGUACCACUGGGAAGCCGCUUGUGAUGUCGGACCCUAUAAUAAAGAAGAAUCCUGUUGAUCCCGAUCGCGUCACAGCGAUCUUGAGAGCCUGUAGGGUGCGGGAUGAUCCUAGGUUAUUGGCAAAGGUCGCAUUCGGGAUAUCAAGCCCCCGUAUCACUAAGGAGAGAUGCGGUAAUGGGAGCCACAUAUUUGGGAGUAUGGCUGAUUGCGACUUUGACGUAUGACUUCCCAAAUACAACCCUUCGAAAACACUCGCUAACCAUCCUCUAGGAAUUGAUGACUGAAUUUGCCAACCAUUGUACACCAGAGGAGGAGUAGGUUUUUUUUACCCUUCCCGCAUCGAAUGGGAGGCUCGGAUUGCUUGUCUUUAGUUUUCUGUACUUACCUGUACAUAUGCGUCCCUCAUAACUACCCUCUCUCCUCACCUUG